CAGAUGACCAGGACUUCGUUGAAAGCCUGAGGGUUACGAAAAAUGCGUCCAUUUGUAGUUCUCAGGGUCCUGCUCAGACUGGCGAUCAUGGUGCGGCCGCCUCUUCUGUCAAUCGAACUCGAAGCGGGCGCAGCUAUAAGCAAGAUCCGUACAGCCAUGAUGACCUUGUCGAUCGAUCACGUGCGAAUGUCCUGGUGAGGGCUCCUGCUCUGGGAACAAAUGGAAAUCAUCAACAGUUGUCGGGUGAUGUAGUUACAGGAGGUUUUAUUGACCCUGCAAUGCCAAAUGGUCGUCCCGGCAGCUUCUCGGAUCAUACGGAGGCCGUGGUCGUGGGUGCCGAUACCUGUUCCACACGACCGGCUGCGGAGGCGAGUCGUUUAAUAUUCCGAGAAAGUGCCAGUGCUUUUCUCAAUGCUCACUACACUGCCCAGCAGAAUUCGUAUGGGGUACGAGACCGAGACCAGCAGGACUACUACAACGUCCAAACUCAUGAGCAUCCUUUUCAGUAUCAAAGCGACAGCUCCCGCCACCCCGACCCGCCCCGGACCGCCGGACGUCAAAACCAGCAGCGAGGAAGCUACCAGAUGAAUACUUCUACGUCCCUAUCUUCAGGCAGACACCAGCACCACGAAGAAGUAGUAGAGGAUGCGCGGCAGGAUGACACGAGGACCAACACAAAAAGAACAAGUGCUUCUUCCCAAUUAUAUCGCAAUUUCCCUGCUGAUUCAUCAAUCAGGAUGUCCUUGUACCCCCAGACACAUGGUGUUCAACAUGUGAACUACGGGCAACUACCGCCUCCGUCCCUUUUGAGCAUAACGCGAGACCAUUUUCAGAAGCCGCGUUCUAAUUGUGCGGCUACACUGACCGACGGCGGCCCCUCCUCGGAGGACCAAAUUCCAGAUCAGAUGCGCAGCACCGACGAGACGCAAAACGAAGAUGCGCAGCGCCGAAGGGGCCCCGACGAGAAUGCUG